AUGCGGUUCAAUGUGCGUUAUGAAGCAGCACGGACGGACACAUUGUGGCAUUCGCACGUGAACGCCACUGUGAUCACCGGAAUUGCUGUUCAAGAAAAUGACAGCUCUAUAGUGCAAGUGUUUGCACGCAAACCGAUGCGUCGUUGGCGUUACCGCACUGAUGUCUAUGUCGAUGGGGUUCGACGAUUCUUUGACAAACCACAUUGGAAGUACCAGCAGUUCAGAAAUGUGGAUCUGCGCAAUCCACUGCAGAAUAUGAAUCAAUCCGAGAUAAUCAUCAUGCUGAAAUCCGGGGUCGGUAUUCAGCCAGGUGUCUCAGCCUCUUCUUCGCUAAAUGCUCUAGGACGGUACGACGCGUUGCUACACGACGUUGGGGCUAUU